AUGGGUGAAGAGCUCAGUAGAGAUGAAGAGUGGGCUGAUGCUUUCACACGGUAUUCACUCCUUGGUCUCGAGCUAUCCGAGGUGUUGAGAGCUUGGCCACUAUGGGCUCGACGUUUAGUCCAUUGGUUUAUGCCAUCCUGCUGGGAGUUACGUCACAGGCUUGUUCAAGUACGGAAAGUCCUAGCGGCGCAUAAUGAUAAGCGAGCGCGCUUACAGUUGGAACGCCAGUCUGCGGGAGACGUGUCCAGGUUUAAUGACUCAACCGAGUGGUUUGAGGAAGAGCUCAAAGGACAACAGGAUAUCAUAGUUUCCCAACUUAACCUCGUCUUAACCUCAGCUCAUACGACAUCUGACCUUUUAACGCAGGCCAUGAUAGGGAUCGCUGAACACCCGGAGCUAUUUUGCUCACUGAGGGAAGAAGCAAUUCAAGUCAUUAAUACGCAUGGCUGGCAAAAGUCAGGGCUUCACGAGUUGAAACGUAUGGAUAGCGUCAUCAAAGAACUACAGCGAUUGAAUCCAGCACUUCUAGUCAAUUUCCGCAGACGAGCUAUGACAGAUAUCAAGCUCAGACACGGUUGGAACAUCAAAUCAGGCACCAGAAUUGUGGUUGACGUUAUGCAUACGCUCGAUUCUUCUUUUGGCUUUUACGAAAAUGCAGAACAAUUCCUCCCAUAUCGUUAUCUUGAGAAGCGCGGAUCGACUGGUCAGCAUACUCAAGCACAACUAGUUGCCACGAGCAUCGACCACAUGGGUUCUGGACACGGCCGUCACGCCUGCCCAGGGCGUUUUUUUGCUGUUCAAGAAAUCAAAAUCAUCCUCUGUCAUAUGCUUUUGAAGUACGACUGGAAGUUAAAGUGUCAUGGACCAUCAUCGGACCUGAGGGUAAAUGGAAUGACGGUGGUCCGAGAUAUGACUGUUAAACUCCUCCUUAAAAGGCGCAAGGAAGAGAUUGAUCUAUAA